AUGGAUCAACAAGCAGGUCGUGGCCGAGGUCGAGGAACACGCGCUGGUCCGGGUGCUGCGGGAGCACAACCCAAUUGGAAGCAGGGUGGUGCCAUCGCACCCCAGAAUCGACCAGUCCCCGUAGCUCCGGCGGAGCAAACCGAUUCUACCGGUGAUAAAAAUGGCGGUGGUGCAGGACCUUCUACGGUAGCGCGGCGCGGGAACGGUAACGGCAAAGGCAACGGCAACGGCAACGGCAAUGGGAAUGGUGGGAGCGAUGCGAAUGUCGGCCGUGGAGCCAUCCGGGGAAUGCGAUACGUCCCGGAGGUGGUGGUAACACGCACCGCAAAUUCACCGGCGAAGCAGGGUACCUCCGGUAACAAGUUGGUCGUCAAAACCAACUAUUUCCGGUUGACGCGAAAGGACAAGAAUGCGUGCGUCUUUCAAUACCGGGUAGAUUUUGAACCGCUGGUCGAAGAUACACGGGUGAUGCAGGCGCUGAUCCGUACCCAGGGGCCUGUCAUUGGCCCAUACAUUUUCGACGGUACGAUGCUGUUUUUGUACAACAAACUGCGCUCGGAAAAGAUCGAACUGCAGGUGAAGGAUCCGCGCACAGACGCACUGUACAAAAUGACAAUCAGACACGUCGGAACGGUCGAUAUGGCAUCUGAGAUGGCGUUCAUGAUACUAAACUUGAUGCACCGGCAGGCGAUGGGCAGCCUGAAGCUGUUGGCCAUCAAUCGCCACUUCUUCGAUCCGGAAGCGAAAGUUUCCAUCCCACAGUACGGGCUGGAACUGUACCCCGGGUACGUGACGUCGAUUCGCCAGCACGAAAAGGAUGUGCUGCUGUGCGUGGAUAUAACGCACCGGGUGCUGCGUACCGAUACCUGUUACAGGAUGUUGCAGAACAUGCAGCGCCAGCCGGGCAAGUUCAGGGAUAACUUCCGCAAUAUGAUGAUCGGGGCCAACGUAAUGUCGGUUUACAAUCAGAAGAUGUACAAAAUCUGUGACGUCGAUUUCACCUCAUCGCCCAUGUCGACGUUUCCGACCAAGGAAGGGGAAAACGUUUCGUUCAUGGACUAUUACAGAAAGCAGUACAACAUUACGAUCCGUGACCCGAAGCAACCGAUGUUGCUUUCGCAACCGAACGAGCGGCUCGGGAUUGAUAAACCGAUCCUGCUCGUGCCGGAGCUGUGCCGUUUGACGGGCAUCACGGACGAUAUGCGACGUGACUUUAACCUGAUGCGAGCCAUUGCCGACCAUACGCGCAUCGGUGCGGACAUGCGCAUCCAGCGGUUGGAGCGCUUCAACGAGCGGCUGCAGGGUGCGGCCGGUCGAGAGGUGUUCCAGUUCUGGAAGACGGAGCUGGAUCGGCGUCUGGUCGAGGUACCGGCACGUACCCUGCGCCAGGAGGCCAUUAUGUUCCAGCCACAGGGUGAAGGUGUACCAGCAGGCCCGGAGGCGGAGUGGAGUCAGGCAUUCCACAAAAAUCAAUUGUUCAAAUCGAUUCCGUUGCACCGCUGGUUCGUGGUGUGCGAGCGUGGCAAGGAAACGCUGGUGAAAGAUUUCCUCGGCUGUAUGAUGCAGGCCAGCCGGGGCAUGAACUUCAAGAUAACAGAACCGAAGAUAAUCACCGUCCAGAAUGAUGGCCCCCAUGGAUACAAUCAAGCGUUGAGCCAAUUGUUCAAUGAAGAUCUGCAGCUGGUGAUGUGCGUCGUACCGAACGACCGGGCGGAUCGGUACGCCUCCAUCAAGAAGGUCUGUUGCGUCGAGCGGGCCAUUCCGUGCCAGGUUAUCAAAACGCGCACGAUCACACCGAAGAACGGCAAUGUGCGUACGCUGAUGUCCGUCGCUAGCAAGGUGGUUAUACAGCUGAACUGUAAGCUGGGCGGCAUACCAUGGAUGGUAAAGAAUCCGCUCACAAAUGCGAUGGUGAUUGGCUUUGACGUGUGUCACGAUACGAAUGAUAAAUCGAAAUCAUUCGGCGCACUUGUUGCCACGAUGUAUUCACCGAAGCAUGUCGAACCGAGGUACUAUUCGUCCAUCGAGGCACACAAGCGGGGCGAGGAGUUGUCCAAUUUCAUUGCGGCCGGGAUCGCGAAAUCGCUCCGGGCGUACCAGGCCGCUUACGGGCAAGGCGUAUUGCCGCGUCGUAUUAUCAUGUACCGCGAUGGUGUCGGCGAAGGUCAGCUGCGCCAUGUGGUCAACUUCGAGACCAAGACGAUCAAGAGCAUGCUUAGCCAGGUCUACGCUAACUGCAAGGACUUCAGGCCACAGCUGUCCAUCAUCGUGGUGAGCAAGCGGAUCAACACGCGGUUGUUUAUGGCCAACCGCAAUCCGCCACCGUGCACGAUCGUCGAUGACAUCAUCACCUUGCCGGAAAGAUCUGAUUUCUACCUGAUCUCGCAGGCAGUACGCCAGGGCACGGUAUCACCGACGUCCUACCAUGUCGUGCACGACGAGAGCGGUCUCACGGUGGAUCAGCUGCAGGUAUACACAUCCAAGCAGACCCAUCUGUACUACAACUGGUGCGGUACCAUCGCCGUACCGGCGGUUUGCCAAUACGCCCACAAGCUGGCAUAUUUGACUUCUCAGUAUCUGCACCAACAACCCAACCAGAAUUUGAGCAACCGUUUGUAUUAUUUGUAA